GGCAGGGAGGAUGGGGUCUGAGAGUCAAGGCGAGUGUUCAGUCCUCCCUGCAGGAGAGAUGGGGUCUGAGAGGUGGGGGAUGAGGGUCUAGUCCUCCCUGCAGGUGAGAUGGGGUCUGGGAGUCAAGGUGAGUGUUCAGUCCUCCCUGCAGGUGAAAUGGGGUCUGGGAGGGGCAAGUGUUCCAUCUUCCCUGCAGGAGAGAUGGGGUCUGGGAGUCACGGAGUGGGUCCAGUCCUCCCUGCAGGAGAGAUGGGGUCUGGGAGUCACGGAGUGGGUUCAGUCCUCCCUGCAGUUGAAAUGGGGUCUGGGAGGGGCAAGUGUUCCAUCUUCCCUGCAGGAGAGAUGGGGUCUGGGAGUCACGGAGUGGGUCCAGUCCUCCCUGCAGGAGAGAUGGGGUCUGGGAGUCACGGAGUGGGUCCAGUCCUCCCUGCAGGAGAGAGGGGGUCUGGGAGUCACAGAGUGGGUCCAGUCCUCCCUGCAGGAGAGAUGGGGUCUGGGAGUCACAGAGUGGGUCCAGUCCUCCCUGCAGGAGAGAUGGGGUCUGGGAGUCACAGAGUGGGUCCAGUCCUCCCUGCAGGAGAGAUGGGAUCUGGGAGUCACAGAGUGGGUCCAGUCCUCCCUGCAGGAGAGAUGGGGUCUGAGAGUUGGGGGACGAGGGUCCAGUCCUCCCUGCAGGUGAGAUGGGGUCUGGGAGGGGCAAGUGUUCCAUCCUCCCUGCAAGAAAGAAGGGGUCUGGGAGUCAGGGAAUGGGUCCAGUCCUCCCUGCAGGAGAGAUGGGGUCCGGGAGUUGGGGUGAGGGCUGGGGACUUAAGGCAAGGGUCCAGUUCCCCAGGCAGAGACUCACUUGAGGGCCAUGGGAAGUCAUUUAUCCCCUCCACACGAAGCCCCAUGGAAAGGAAAUGUUAAUCCUGCCUUUUUCAUGCUAAUCUGAGUCUACCUCCAAUUUUCCCAUUUCCAAUCCUUUCC